UUUGCCUGUAAAAACUGGCCAGCAGUACUCGGAUUCGGAACGGAGGCUAAAUGCCAUAGAGAUGCCGUAGACCGUAGACGUAGAAAAAUACCUGAGGCGGACUUUUUCACAAAGCGUCCCGCAUUGCUUGCUAAAGAGGUGCAAUUUCAGGGACUAUGAUGGGCGCGGCGACUUUUCCUGUUUAGGCCUUUGUGCAAGCAAGUCACACGCUCGUUGUACGAACGAACGCAUCAAAAUAUUUGCAUCGAUCCGUAGGUUACUAGGGUUGCGAUGUGUUUAUUGUUUGUCAUGGUCUCAUUUUGUUAUUCCUUGUUUUUUCUUACCCACUGAUCCGUUUCUCGUUUGGUGUCACGUUUUCUUUUUUUCGUUAAGCUAAAAAUAAAUUUUAGCUCGUUGCCACCUUCGUUUACUCCGCUGUCUUAUGCUCGGAAACAGAGGCAUCUCAUAGUCUAUUUUUCUUGCUCCUUCACCGGGCGCCGUCGUCUAAGGUCCCACAGUUUGCCUGAUGGCCGAGUACGACGCACUUCCGGACAUCGGCCACGGCUGCGGCCACAACCUGAUAGCAGAGGCGGCCAUGGGCGCUGCAGUGGCCGCCCUGGAGGCUAUGAAAAAGUUCGGCACCGUCCGGGGCAAGCUGGUCGUGUUGGGAACGCCGGCCGAAGAAGGCGCUGGUGGAAAGGUGCUGCUGCUCGAGAAGGGAGCCUUCAAGGACGUCGACGCGGCCCUCAUGGCGCACCCUAGUUGCCAGGAUACGCUCAAGCUGCGCGUCAACGCACGGCGUCAAGUGAACGUCCGGUACGAAGGUAAGGCAGCGCACGCCGCCCACUCGCCGUGGAAAGGCGUGAACGCCCAGGACGCGGCGGUCGCCGCGUACAUCAACCUGGCCCUGAUGCGUCAGCACAUCAACCCAGCCGCCAGGGUUCUUGGCGUGGUGAAACAAUGUGGCGGGCAAGCAAACGUGAUUUCCGAGUCCAGCAGCCUCGUCUGCCACAUCCGGGCUCCCGACGAUGCCGAGAAGCACUCGCUCGUUGCACGAGCGGAGAAGGGCUUCCAGGCGGCCGCCAAGGCCACGGGCUGCGGUAUCGACCUCGAGUUGGGCCUGGAAUACAAAGAGGUCAUCCACAACGAGGCUCUCGUCGAGACCUACAGGAAGCACAGCGAGGCUCUCGGUGCCGUAUUUGCGGACGCCGAUCCGGGUGUGACCCUCAGGACUGCCGGUUCUACGGACGUCGGGAACGUGUCGUACGUGCUGCCCGCCAUGCACCCUUCCUUCGACAUCGGGGCCCCGUCGAUGAUCCACACGAAGGCGUUCGCCGAGGCCGCGGCGACCGACAGAGCGCACCGGUCAGCGCUGCGCGUCGCCGAGGCCCUCGCCCUCACGGCGCUGGACCUGAUGUCGGACGCGGGACUCAUGGCGCGGGUGCGGAGUGACUUCGCGACGUGGAAGAACAGUCGCGUGCCGUCCAAGUGAAAGCUGCGAUAGAGUGCACACGAACACAUUGCUCGUCCCUGGCGGUGCGCGAUGAACCAAACGCGGGGCUAAUCGUAUCAGCGCCUCCCUCGUGGGAUCGUGUUUUCAGUGUACGCUUUUGUUUUAUGUGAUAACAAUAAAAGGAAUGAAGGUGU